GCUGCGAUGGAAGAUAAGGGUAAGAAGAAGAAGUUUGUGGGGAAGCGCGGAAAAGGACCUCGUGGGAAAGUGCCACACGGGAAAAGGAAGUUUAAAAAAGGUAAUGAUUCAGGCCCACCAAAGAAACGCUCUAACGAAGAAGAUGAGGAGGGAAAACCUAAAUCCAUUUCCAAGAAAUUUGUUAAAGGACAGUUAAAACCUGGAAGAGCUACUGUCAAGCAAUUUAAGAAUAAACAGCAACCAGAAAAGUUUGCAAAGAAGAGGAAGAUCCAAGAUGGUGAAGAGGGAGGGUCAGAUUCCAAGAAGCCAAAGUGGAGUGAUUUCAAAAAGAAAAGGAAGGAGUUAAAGCAAGCCAGACAAAUUAAUGAUAAAAGUAAUUAUGACAUAAUUGUAAAAUCAAAGCAAAUAUGGGAAAAUAUGAGAAGGAAGAAAUGUGAUAAUGAGAAGCGAGAAAAGCUAAUGAAUGAACUACAGAAGCUUCUUCAGGGGAAAAUGAAAAAUUUGGCAUUUGCACAUGAUUCCACUCGAGUGAUCCAGUGCUUUAUUCAGUAUGGUAAUGCGAAGCAAAGACAAGAGACAUUUGAAGAACUCAAAGACAGCCUAGUGGAGUUGAGCAAGUCAAAAUAUUCCAGAAAUAUUGUGAAGAAAUUUCUCAUGUAUGGGACAAAACCACAAGUUGCAGAAAUAAUAAAGUGUUUUAAAGGCCAUGUGAAAAAAUUGCUCCGUCAUUCUGAAGCAUCUGCUAUAGUGGAAUAUGCGUAUAAUGACAAAGCCAUUCUGGAGCAAAGGAAUAUGCUGACAGAAGAACUAUAUGGGAACACUUUCAAAGUUUACAAGACACCUGUUCUCCCAACACUGGAUAAAGUGUUAGAAGCUCAGCCUGAAAAGAGAGAGGCCAUCUUGGAUGAAAUGAAACAGAUUCUUACACCAAUGGCACAAAAGUAAGAACAAAAUCUGAUUUAAGAUGAAAUGAUAGAAGCUAUCAGAGAGGCUGUCAUCUACCUGGCACACACUCAUGAUGGAGCCCGAGUAGCAAUGCACUGUUUAUGGCAUGGCACCCCCAAGGACAGAAAAGUCAUUGUGAAAACUAUGAAGACGUAUAUUGAAAAAAUGGCAACGGGUGAAUUUUCUCAUCUGGUCUUGCUGGCAGCAUUUGAUUGCAUUGAUGACACUAAACUUGUGAAACAGUUAAUUAUAUCAGAAAUAAAUGCUUCUUUGCCCAAUAUAAUAAACAACAAAUAUGGAAAGAAGGUCUUGUUGUACUUGCUAAGUCCUAGAGACCCUGCACAUUUUGUUCCAGAAAUCAUCACACUUCUGCAACACGGAGAUGGAAAUGCCUAUAGUAAGAAGAAUACUGAACUCCGUCGCCGUGAACUCCUGGAAGCCAUUUCCUCACCUUUGCUAAAAUAUUUGGAAGAACAUACCAAAGAAGUAGUGGUAGACAAAGCUACCUUUGUCUUGGUUGCUGACAUCUUAAGAACAGCUCUUGGUGACAUACAGCCUGCACUAGAUGCAAUUGCUAAUUUAGCAGCGGAAGAGCUGGUUCCAGGUGGCUGUGAUGGACAGCUUCACAUUGCAGAACAUCCAGCAGGCCAUCUAGUUUUGAAAUGGUUAAUAGAGCAAGAUGAAAAAAUGAAAGAGAGUGGAAAAGAAG